UAUAGAAUCGCCACUAACUCCCGGUCUUCGCCAAUCUGCUCGCUCUCUCCCUGUGGGGAAGGAGGUCAAGAAGAGAAGCGAACGAGAGAGAUUUCCUUGUUUCUGUCUCUACCUCUACACAAGAACGGUGGAGAUUCCAGCCAUUCCCAUGACGGAUCCCGCGUGCUCUUCCCCGCUCAUCGCGCCAGUCCCUGUCCCCGAUCCCAGCGAGAUCGACCUGGAAGCCGGCUCUAGCGAGCAAUUCCAGUGCCGGAUCUGCCUUGAAAGCGAUGCAAUGGAUUUCAUAGCGCCUUGCAAGUGCAAGGGGACUUCCAAGUACGUCCACCGUGACUGCUUGGACCACUGGCGGGCUGUGAAGGAAGGUUUUGCAUUUUCUCAUUGCACAACCUGCAAGGCUCCUUACUAUUUGAGGGUGCACGGUCCUGCAGACAGGAAAUGGAGAAUUUUGAAGUUCCGAUUCUUUGUAACCAGGGAUAUACUGUUUAUUUUUGCAGCUGUUCAACUUAUAAUUUCUUCAUUGGCAUAUCUGGUCUAUUUGGUUGAUCGCUCACAGAACUAUUGGUUGCGAAUGGCUUGCGGUUUUGACAGUGAAAUAAGUUUCUACUAUAUAUGUGGGGCGCUAUUAUUUUUUGCUCUUCUUGGGUUAUCUGGGUGCUUUAUAACUUGUUACGAUCAACAGUUGCACAAUGAUUUGGCUCAGCCGUGCCGAGAAUUUUGUCUUUGUUGCUGUCGACCAGGACCGCGUGCAGACUGUGAUCUCCCCGGUACCCUCUGCAUCUGGGCGGACUGUACCACUUGCUUUGAUAAUUGUGGAAGCACAGGCGGGGAAUGCGGGUGCUUAGGAGGAGAGACCGGCGAAGCGGGUCUACCAUUGAUGCUUAUUGUUGGACUACUUGUUCUUGGGCUCUUCACCGUCGUCGGCAUAUUUUACAGCGUGAUCGUGGCAACCAUGGUCGGGCAAAGGAUUUGGCAGCGUCACUAUCAUAUACUCGUUAAACGGAUGCUAACAGAAGAGUAUGUAGUGGAGGCCGUGGACAGCGAGGCCACAGAUUGGUGCCCACCACCCCUUCCCGCGGACCAUGUUCGACAGCUAAAGGCACUCGGACUCCUGUAGUAUAAUAACCUUUCAAGGCGUCCCGGCCCGGUCCAACCGUAGAUCGAGUUCAACUCGACCCGAACCCAAUCGCUGGCCAUCGCACAUAUAACGUGGCCAUCUCCCCCAACCGUUUUGCGCGAGGGUUUUGCGAUCACCCUCUCGGCCGCGGGAG